GUAAAGGACAUUAUAGAAGUAGAUGUUAUAUCAAGUAUGAGGAACCACGAGCCUCGUGCAAGCUCUUCAUGUGCAGCUUGUAAGUUUCUGAAAAGAAGAUGCACUCCUAAUUGCAUAUUUGCUCCAUAUUUUCGCUCAGAUGAGCCUAAGAAGUUUGCCAAUGUACACAAGGUUUUUGGUGCAAGCAAUGUGAGCAAGAUCUUGAUUGAAGUGCCUGAAGAGCAGCGUGAAGACACGGUGAAUUCUCUUGCUUAUGAAGCUGAGGCAAGGCUCAGAGAUCCUGUCUAUGGUUGCAUUGGUGCUAUAGCUUUGUUGCAAAGACAGAUGGUUGAGCUGCAGGUUGAUCUUGCCAUUGCUAGAGCUCGUCUAGCUCGGUACGCUGCCAAUUCUCCUCCUCUCUUGAAUGAUCAUGGUAGCAUGAUACCAACUUUCGCUGAAUUUCCUGCUUGUGGUGGAUUGGUUGACAGUUUUAGCCAGAAUUCAUCCGAUACCACGAAUGAUUUCAGCCAAUUCCCAUAUAUAUUUUAAUGGAUUUUUCUGUUUUUCUCUCUCCUAUUGCUCAUGUAAUGUAAAUUUGAAGAAUCUUCCUUUCAAGUUAUGUUCCCAAUCAAGAAUUAAGAUUUCUCUGAAUUCUUGAAACCGUGGAUGGUAAUUGAAAUGAAUCCUGGUAGUACUAUUAAAGUCCAA